AUUUUAAAAUUUUUAAAAAUAAAAAAAAAAAAAAAAAAAAAAAAACUACUUGCUGAACCAUAAAUUGUACAUCCAAAUUUCAGUUUCUCCUCCUCCAACACCAUGUCCGCUGCACCACCGCCGCUAGAUAUCACGGCCCACCUGCCGCUCCGCUUAAUUAAAUCCGAGACUAUCCCUCCCGCCCCAAAUCGCCCCGCAACAGGACCCGAACCCGCGAUCGACUGGUUACUGGAAUUCGUCGGGUACUCAUGGAUUGCUUACGGAGCCUCCUCCCUCCUAGUCAUUUCUCACUUCCCCAAUCCUCUCGCCGAUACCGAAAAGCAAAUUGGGUCAAUUUUCCGUCAAGUGAUCGACCUCUCCGGCGAAGGUACCUGCAGCGUGGCGGCUGUCUCUUGGUCCCCUGCCACGCCCUCCACAGGUGAACUCGCCGUCGCCUCGGGCAAUUGUAUCCGCUUGUUCUCAUAUAUUUCAGAGGACACUUCUUGCAGUUCUUUUUGUUGGAGUCAGACUGCAACACUUGUGCAAUCUACCGAGGUGGAAACCACCAAAUGGACGGGCUCAGGAGAUGGGAUAGUUUCAGGAGGCAUCAAUGUGGUGUUAUGGAGAAAGAAGGAGAUAUCUUGGGAAAUAGCUUGGAAAUUUAAACCAAAAGUUCCUCAAGUUCUGGUUUCUGCUUCCUGGUCAGCGACAGGACCUUCGGCAACUGCAUCGUGGAGUAAACUGCAAGUUGGAGAUUCAUCUUCUCCAAUCAAUGAUGCAAGCAAAUAUGUUUUAGUUUUUCAAGGUGAUGAGUAUUCCAAAUGCAUACAAGUUGAGCUGUGCCAUCCAUCGCCUGUUACCAUGAUACAAUGGAGGCCAUCAACAGGUAAACCAUUAAAUAGAGAUGCCAGACAGUCGUUGCGCUCUGUGCUGUUAACUUGCUGUGUUGAUGGAACUGUAAGGUUAUGGAGUGAGACUGAUGAUGGGAGGAUUAGACGAGCUGGAAAGGAUAGUUGUGACCAGAAGGCACCAAGAUUAUUUUUUGUUGUCAUUGCUGUACUAGAGGUAAACCAAACACUAAAUGGAUCUCUGGGUUCUAAUGUAUUUGUUAGUUGGGCUACAGAAGUUGAAGGUAUAAUUGCCAUUGGUAAAGAAGCUCGCCAUUAUUCACGUGUAGAUGAUGUUCUGAAUGAUAAUACUGGCAAGUGUGAGUGGUUAGUUGGCUUUGGUCCUGAAACGGUGGCAACUUUCUGGGCUAUCCACUGUAUUGAUGAUUUUGCUCCCGUUAGGUUCCCAAGGGUCACUUUAUGGAAGAGACAAGAAUUAAUCAAUCUUGAAUUGGAAAUAAGUCAAUUGGUAGUUGACAAAGUUUGUAUCAUGAGGAAUCAAGAUUCUGGUCCUCCUGUUCUAUGCACUCUGGUUCAAUUAUUACCUAGUAAUUCUGUAGCCUGUACACAGCUAUAUUCGCUAACAUCAAGUAGUAUUGGAGAGGAUACUGCAAAUAAAUGUCAGACUGAAAGCUUAUUGUCAUCUUGUGCUAAAGGAAUUCUCGAAGUUGAUGGCCACACUGGAAAAAUUCUACAAGUUGCAGUUCAUCCUUAUUUGGUUGAAGUUGAACUUGCUGCUUCUUUGGAUACAGAUGGUAUGCUUCUUUUCUGGUCUGUUUCUACCUUCUUCAGUAGUAACAUGGGUGUUCCGACGCUAAACCCAUCCUGGAAAUUACGUGGGAGAAACGUUGUUUCGGAUCACUAUCCAAAGUACACUUGCUUGAGCUGGGCUCCUGCAAUACUAGGUGAGGACCGGGCUAUUCUCAUGGGACAUGCUGAUGGCAUUGAUUGCUUUAUAAUUAACACUCCAAAAGAUGAAGAGCAGAAAAUACAGAUUCACAAGUUAAUUACCAUCCCUCUCACCUGUCAAGAUCAGGUCCGUGGGCCAACUAGGGUCUGCUCGAUUCCUCUGCCUUCUAGCUGCAAUGAAAUCUAUAAUUCUAGUAGCUUUCUGCUGGUGGCAUUAUGGGUGGAUGGCUUUUUGGCUUUAUCAUGGCAAAUAACUAUCCAUUGUUAUGAUUUGCAUGGAAGCUGCUGUGACAAGCACAUCCAAACAUUUGAAAGGGAAUAUGUUGGGAAAAAAUACUGUGUCUCUGUUGAUCCUUGCUCAUCAGUAUUUCCUGCUCCACACAAGGAUGAUAUAGUUACCAGUUUUGCUGUGGUCUGCCCUGAGGACUUGAUUUUAUCUGAAGAGCGGACAAUAAUUUCUGAUAAUAAAAUGGACUCCUGCUACUAUCCAUAUCACUUGGUGACAGGUUGCAUUGAUGGUACUUUGAAACUAUGGAGGAGUGUCACGAGUGUGCCAGAUCAAUCCUUGAGAUCAAGUACAAAAUGGGAUCUUGUUGGUGUGCUUGCUGUACACCAAGGUCCUCCCACGGCAAUAUCUCCAAGUGUCUGUGGUCGAAAAGUUGCAUCCGCCUCCCCAGCUGGUCAGUCUAGUGGUUCUAGCAUUCUUCAUAUAUGGGAAUGUGUGCAUGUCCAUGAUGCAGGCAGCUUUAUAAAAGAAGAUGAACUAUAUCUUGAUGGAGAGGUUGUUGGUAUGCAUUGGUUUAUGAUGGGAAAUGGUCAGUUAUUACUAGGGGUUUGCUUCCAGAAUGAGUUGCGGAUAUAUGCUAUGAAACGCUGUGGAGGUCAGGAUGUUUUAAAAUCUGGAAAGCCUUUGGAAAGGAAUAUUUGGAUUUGUAUUGCUGCAAGUCAAACUACCUCUGCCAUUUGUGACUUUCUUUGGGGGCCUAAGGGCACAAUUCUGGUCGUUCACCUCGAGUAUUUUAGUCUUUUCAGUCAGUUUUUAGUAUUAGCCGACGAGGAAUUUCCGGCUGACUAUUGCCCAAGGUCCCUCAAGGAUAGCCUUGUUAUAUGCGAUGGCUACUCAAAUAAAGACGUGCUUACUCCAGUUCUCAAUGAUUCUAAUAAUUGUGAUUCAAAAGAAUCAUCAAAAAUAGGAGGAGUACAUGAGACCCAGCUUCCUCUAAAGAUGAAAAUGAGGGCUGAUUUUAUGCCAACAGAAAAUGUUGAAAGUGGUAUACGGAAGCACAGUAGAGAUACUAUAAUUCGGUUGUGGAGCGUGCUAGAAAUUGCUGAAAAGGUGGGAGGAUCUCUACCUGUUUUUCACCCUGAGGCACUCUUGAUUAAUAUAAGCUCAGGUAACUGGAAACGUGCAUAUGUAGCUCUGAGGCAUCUUGUUAAGCACCUUGCUUCUAGCAAUAUGUCUGAAGAACAAACAAAAAUGUCUAGUGAUGUGAUUUCAUCAGUUCCCUUGUCAGAUUAUCUUGAAGGGCUUCUAUCUUCACAUUCAAGUAAUAAAUUGUUUCAGUGGAGCGGAGAUUCUGCUUCAGUUACUUCAUCUUCAGAGCUCCAGAAUGGGUUAUCUCAAUAUACCUCCAAUUGGGGGUAUGAUGCUUCCAAUACUUCACCUUUGUCAAGAUCUGAAUUUUCUGACUUCACUGAAGCCAUUGAGAGACUGUAUGAAUCUUCAUCGAUAACUAAAAUUGAAAAGAUGCAGGCUCUUGCUAUAAUUGAUCUUCUACAAGAAGUUAGUAACCCGCAUUCCACCUCUGCUUAUGGAAGUCUUGAUGAACCUGGUCGAAGGUUUUGGGUGGCAGUGAGGUUUCAACAACUAUAUUUUGUCCAGCAAUUUGGUAGAUUGCCGUUGGUCAAGGAGUUGGAUGUUUCUUCGGAGCUGAUUGGAUGGGCUUUUCAUUCAGAUUGUCAAGAAAAUUUGUUUAGUUCCCUUCUAUCGACUGAACCAGCUUGGGAAGAAAUGCGUAGUAUGGGGUUUGGAUUUUGGUAUACGAAUAUAACACAACUGCGACAGAAGAUGGAACAGCUGGCAAGGCAACAAUAUAUGAAAAAUAAAGAUCCUAAGGCCUGUACACUCCUUUAUAUAGCAUUGAACAGGCUCCAAGUUUUGACUGGCCUUUUUAAAAUAAGCAAAGAUGAGAAGGACAAACCAUUAGUAGGAUUUCUAUCAAGAAAUUUCCAGGAGGAAAAAAAUAAAGCAGCUGCUCUUAAAAAUGCUUAUGUUCUGAUGGGUAAACAUCAACUGGAGCUUGCAGUAGCUUUCUUUUUACUGGGAGGGGAUGCUUCUUCUGCGGUCACUAUAUGUGCCAAAAACCUUGGGGAUGAGCAGCUUGCUCUUGUAUUAUGUCAUCUUGUUGAGGGGUACGGUGGGCCUUUACAGCAUAAUCUUAUUUCAAAGAUUCUUCUGCCAUCUGCGUUGUCAAAAGGUGACUCUUGGCUAGCGAGUGUUCUGGAGUGGGUAUUAGGAAAUUACUCCCAGGCCUUCUUGAGAAUGUUUGAGGUCCAAAUGGGAUAUAAUCCGAAUAUGCCAGUCCUUUCAUCCUGUCAUGCAUGUUUCUUGGAUCCAAGCAUCGGUCAGUAUUGCCUAAUAUUGACAACCAAGACUAGCAUGAAAAAUUCUAUUGGGGAGCAUAAUGCUGCGGCUCUAUGCAGGUGGGCUGCACUGAUGAAUGCUAUGGCCUUGGGCAGAUGUGGCCUCCCUCUUGAAGCUUUGGAGAGCUUUUCAUCUUCUUUUAGCGUCUUUGGAGGUUCAAUUCAAGGGAGUGUAAUGCAAAGUCCAAACACUGAACUUCUUAUGGAAAUGUUGAAACCACUCCUAAAUAAAUGUUCUUCAAACUGGAUAUCAGACAACGUGGCUUUCCAUAUAGCAUCACGUUUUAAGUUAGAUUUGGCUAUGCAUUAUAUGUCAAACUUUUUAAGAGAACAUCCGAGCUUGGCAGCCAUCAAUUUGGCAGUUUCUGGAGUACCUUUAUGCUAUGAGUCUGAGAAUCAGGACUUCAAAAGAUUACUGGAAGAAUUUCGAAACAGUUUGAGUGCAACUAUUACAUAUUUUCAACAGAGGUUCUCUUUGAUUUCUCUUCAUCUAAUCAACAUGAUGGUAUUAUUUUUGCACCAUAAUGGAUUAGAGUUUAUUGGAUACAGUAUACUGCGUGAAUAUAUAGCACAUCUUCAACCUCGAGAGAAUAGCAAUGGAUUUGAUAAAGUCCUCUUAUAUCCUUUCCCACCCAAUCUACUCUUAAAAGCUACUAAUGAAAUCUCCAGCAUAUUUGCAAAAUAUGUGGUUGCCUCUUGUAUAAACUGCUCUGGGUUGUCAUAUUUGAACAAAAAUAGCAAGGAUACUAAAGGCAGAUUUUGCUCUUAUCUUUCUUGGGAGUUCUCAAAUCGGAGACUAAUAUGGUCAUUGAGGAGUCUACGAGCUAUGUUACAGUUAUUUUCCACAUCCCAACGCACAGAUCUUAUGAAGAGAUCUUCUACUGUUCUUUGUUUAUUUGGAUACUGCAUAGUUUUUGCUUCAGCUUGGCUUAAGAGGAAUGCCAGAGCUCUUGUUCAGAUUGUAAAACCUUUUUUGACCAUAUUAAGCAGCGAGCCUGCAUCGUAUGAGAUUAAGAUGGAGGAUCUGAAUAAAAUUCUCGUAGAGACUGUGGAGAUGCUGGGUCACGAUUCAUCAACUAUUGAUUUAGGAGCUCAUGUUCAGAUGAAAGGAUGGAUGCGGGAAGAACGAAAUGAAGGUUCCAUGUUUUCAGUGCUAGAGGAUGAGAGAUGGCAGAUUAUGGGUGCUUCUUUGUGGGUACACAUGUCUAAGUUUUUAGAACAUCAACUAAAUACAUUGCCUGAAAUUAUUGAUGAUAGUUGUUCUUCCCGAAGCCUGGUUAUGUCUGAACCCCAAGACAAUAAUAUACAAUUACAGAUUGGUUUGGUUUCAACCACUUUAUCUAAGUUACUAAAGGUUGUCUGUAUGCAUAUUUCACUAUAUCAGUCUCAACGGUUCGCGUUGUACCUAAUACAGAGAGUUGAUGGAUGCACUGGAACUGUUAUUUCGGGUAUGCAAGAUGGUCCAUCUCAACAAAGAGCUCAAGAUAAAGAUUUUACUGGAGGUAAUGAUGGUGCAAGUAUAUUGAACAAUGGCACUGAAUUGGCUUCUGAAGAAUUACGGCGUAUCUGUUCUAACUCUAAAACAAUUCGGGAAGCCUUCGUGCAAGAAAACUAUAAUUGGCUACAAAUUGCUCAGCAGAAGUCUUCUAACGGAUGGAGUGAUGCAUAUAUAAGCAUCAUGAGAGAGUGUGAAACUGAGGAAACUUCUGAUAAAGAUAGGGCUGGUAGUCCUAGUAGUGCAGCUGGAUCACCUCUUGCAUGUCUAUCACCAGAUGAUCAUCCUUUCAGAAGUACUGGGGAAAAUGAUGUAUAUCAUAAGAAGAAAGCUGUGCCAUUCCAUAAUCCUAAAGAAAUAUAUAAAAGAAAUGGAGAACUUUUAGAGGCUUUGUGCAUCAACUCCAUCGAUCAACGUCAAGCUGCACUUGCUAGCAAUAAAAAGGGGAUAAUAUUCUUUGAUUGGGAAGAUGGCUUGCCACAUAGAGAUAAAUCUGAAUAUAUCUGGGGAGAGGCAGACUGGCCGCAUGAUGGGUGGGCUGGGUCUGAGUCUACUCCAGUUCCUACAUGUGUUUCUCCUGGUGUUGGCCUUGGUAGCAAGAAGGGAACACACCUUGGGUUAGGUGGAGCAACCAUUGGUUCAGGUGGUUUGGUAAGAGCAGGCAGAGAUUUAACAGGUGGUGGAGCAUUUGGAAUCCCAGGCUAUGCUGGAAUUGGUGCAUCUGGCCUUGGUUGGGGGAUUCAAGAAGAGUUUGAUGAGUUUGUGGAUCCACCUGCCACUAUGGACAGUGUCAGGACAACGGCAUUUUCUACUCACCCUUCUAGGCCUUUCUUUUUGGUUGGUUCUAGCAAUACGCAUGUAUACCUGUGGGAGUUUGGAAAGGACAGAGCUACUGCUACAUAUGGAGUUCUUCCUGCUGCGAAUGUCCCUCCACCUUAUGCUCUUGCCUCUGUAUCUGCUGUGCGGUUUGACCAUUGUGGACAGAGAUUCGUGACUGCUGCAUUGGAUGGAACUGUGUGCACAUGGCAGGUUGAAGUUGGAGGAAUGAGUAAUAUUAGUCCGACAGAAUCUGCUGCCUGCUUUAACAACUAUACAUCAGAUGUCACUUAUGUUACUGCAAGUGGAUCUAUUGUUGCUGCUGCUGGGUAUAGCUCCAAUGGUAAUAAUGUGGUUGUGUGGGACACACUUGCUCCACCAGUCACAUCUCAAGCUUCCAUUAUGUGUCAUGAAGGUUUGUUCUUAUGAGAUUUUUGGUAAAUGGUUUGCCAUUAAUUUUAAGGUCCAAUUACACGUUUCUCAGUGGAUAUCCUAAUUUAUUGUAAUGUUGGAAGAACACUGAACUUUCCACUU